GCUGACAGGCCCUGGGCGGGCUGGGCUCGGCGGCCCCUGCUCCGGCUGCCAUGUGCUGGGGCUGCCGCCUCUCCCGCGGCCUCCCUCGCUGGUCUAAAUGCUCCUAGGGGCGUCCUGGCUGUGCUCCUCCAAGGCUGCCGCCGCAGAGAAGCGAGCGGCGGAGGAAAGGCGGAGGCGGCGGGCGGCUUCGGCGGCAGGCGGCGGCGGCAGCGGGGGCAACGGUGAGGGACCGCCGGCCGCCGCCGGAGGGGCCAUGGACGAGUCGUCGUUGCUGGACUUGUUGGAGUGCUCCGUGUGCCUGGAGCGCCUGGACACGACGGCCAAGGUGCUCCCGUGCCAGCACACCUUCUGCCGCCGCUGCCUGGAGAGCAUUGUCAGCUCCCGCCACGAGCUGCGCUGCCCCGAGUGCCGCAUCCUGGUGGGCUGCGGCGUCGACGAGCUGCCCGCCAACAUCCUGCUCGUCCGCCUGCUGGACGGCAUUCGGCAGAGACCCCGCGCGGGCGCUGGAAGCGGCUGUUGCGGGGGCGGCAACUGCGGCCCCGGCAGCCCCAAGUCCCCGAGCAACGCUGGCCUUUCGGGCGGCGACAGCGGGGACAACCCUACCGCCGCUGGAGCAGGAGGAGGAGGAGGAGGAGGAAACAGCGCGGUCCCCCCUGUUAACCCUGGUUGUCAACCCGCCGCGGUGGCCACCACGUCCAGCGGCUCCCCGAGUGUGGCCGCUGCAGCGGCUUCAGCCGCCGCCAGUCUGCGGGAACUCGCCGCUGCCAGCCGGAGCGCCUUGCUUAAGAACCCCACUCAGCUUCCCUAUGGAAAAGCUCUUUAUGCCUACGAAGGGAAAGAACCCGGUGACCUCAAAUUUAACAAAGGAGACCUUAUUAUACUGCGCAGAAAAGUAGAUGAGAAUUGGUAUCAUGGGGAACUGAAUGGAAAUCAUGGCUUUUUCCCAGCAAGCUACAUCCAGUGUAUCAAGCCUCUUCCACCAGCCCCUCCACAAGGCAAAGCACUUUAUGACUUUGAAAUAAAGGACAAAGAUCAAGACAAAGACUGUUUGACUUUUACCAAGGAUGAAAUUUUAACUGUCAUCCGGAGAGUGGAUGAUAAUUGGGCAGAAGGAAUGCUGGGAGAUAAAAUUGGAAUAUUCCCUAUUCUUUAUGUGGAGCUCAAUGAAUCAGCUAAGCAGCUUAUUGAGAUGGACAAGACCAAUGUAGCUGCUGCAUCUGGCAAUGAUGUCUCUUUGCCAGUUGACACAAACCUGGCAGUAAGCACAGCCCAGUGCUGCACACUGAAUAGUGCUGGAGCAGUCAGUGCCAUUCAGCGACAUAUUGACGGCAAAAAGAAUGCUAAGAAGCGCCACUCCUUCACAGCUCUCAGUAUGACCCACAAGUCCUCCCAGGCCUUGAAUAAUAGGCAUUCCAUGGAGAUUAGUGCUCCUGUUCUGAUAAGUUCAAGUGACCCCCGGGCUGCGGCCAGAAUUGGAGAUGUGGCUCAUCUGUCCACAAGUGCGCCAGUCCAGGAUUCUACUUUAGCUGGAUCUGCAACCAUGACUGGACCCAGAACCAGUGCAAUUGUGGGAGAUCAAGGAACACCAUCAAAAGUCCAACUACCACUCAAUAUUUAUUUGGCAUUAUAUGCCUACAAACCUCAGAAGACAGAUGAACUAGAACUACGUAAGGGCGAAAUGUAUCGUGUUAUCGAGAAGUGUCAGGAUGGCUGGUUCAAAGGGACGUCCUUGAGAAAUGGCAUGUGUGGCGUCUUUCCAGGCAAUUAUGUCACUCCUGUUUCCAGGGUUCCUGCAGCAACUAACCAGCCCAGGAAUUUGACAGGAGGCUCUCCAACAGCCAAAGGCUCCCCUCGAGAUGCUGCCCCAGGAGCUCCAACAUCUCUCACCAGUUCUGCUCCUGUUACCAGACCAGCCGUUCCAAUCACCACCCCUCCCUCUCAGACCCAGCUGCCAGCAGGCUCCCCACAGAUGAAUAACUGUUUGAGAUACUCUUCUCAGCACCCAGUGACUCAGCCUCGCAGCUCUGUGCAAAUGGUUGUGCACAAUUCUGUGCAGGCCCAAGAUCGGCCCACAGCCACGGUCUCACCACUGAGAAGUCAGAAUUCUCCGUCUCGCCUCCCAGCAACUGUGAUCCGAUCACACUCGGUGGUUUCUCCACAACAUAUCCACCACUCUCCUGUGCAUGUCAUCCCUGGAGCACAGUGUGCCAGACCUAUUAUUCCUCUCACUUCAGCAGCAGCAGCAAUUACUCCUCCCAAUGUCACUGCAGUCAAUCUGAACGGAGAAGCUGGAAAUGGGCCCAUCAGUAGCUUGGUGACUUGUAGCCCAACCAACACAGCUUGCAAAACAGAAGAAAGGAAAAAUGAAAAGAAAGAAAAGAAAAGCGGACUCUUGAAACUUCUAGCAGGAGCCUCUACGAAAAAGAAACCUCGCUCUCCUCCCUCCAUGUCUCCAACACAUGAUCCUAUGGCAAUAGUGGAAGGGAUGCUGCAGGGCGCAAUGGGACCUGAGUUGUCCUCCCUCUCUAGCCAUGGGAGGGCAGGAUCCUGCCCUAUCGAGAGUGAAAUGCAAGGCGCAAUGGAGAUGGAGCCUCUGCACAGAAAGACGGGAUCUUUGGAUCUGAAUUUUUCUAUCCCUUCUCCCAUAAGGCAACUGCCACCUUCAAUGGCAACCAGCCACCCAGAAGCUAAGCCGUUGAAUCGAGAAAGAUAUCGUGUCGUGGUCCCGUAUCCUCCGCAGAGUGAAGCUGAGAUUGAACUGAAGGAGGGCGACAUUGUGUUCGUCCACAAGAAAAGGGAAGAUGGUUGGUACAAAGGGACGUUACAGCGGAAUGGCAGGUCAGGCCUCUUCCCCGGCAGCUUCGUGGAGAGCUUUUGAAGGGUUGGGUUGUGGACUUGAGGGACCUCCUGGAGGAAACGCUGGAGCACAAAACCAUAUCAAGCAGCAACAAAUGGAAAGUGCCAUAAUGGGAGAGAGCCAUGAUUAUGAUUCCCAAAGUCUCUUUGAUUGACCACCUGGAAGCAAAGGGUCUGGCAGCGCUUUCAAAUAGUACAUACAGCAGUAUGUUGGAGUCGUGCCUUCUACAUGGAACAGAUCGGAGAUGGAGAGGACACACGUUAAAAUCCAGCCAGUAUAUUUCAUGUAAAUGAUAGAGGAAUUAUGUUUGGAAAAGGAAAAAAAAACAUGUUGUAUCACUGUAAUUUAUUUCUCUGAGCUGCAGUGUUCUUAUUACUGGCCUAGGGGAAGAGAAAGAGGGACUGGAUUUCAAAGAUCAGCCAGCUUGCUGUCUGUCCUCCAAGUAAUGGGCAUAUGCAGAAAAUAUUGCUCACGUAGAAAGAACCAGAAGCCCCAAACAUAACUUAUUUCCACAUAUACCUCAAAAACACUCUAUUCCAUGUCCUCAUGAUGACAUUCCCAGCCUGCCACCACAGCCCAAAUUUGUCUUUCGUUGAUUUGGUUUGGAAGUGGCGUUUCCUUCCCUUCUCAGUCCAAAGCUUCCCAAACUGACCACCAAGAGUGACGAGGGGUUGAUGCACUGAGAGACAGCAAUCUGCUUAGUUCCAGUUGGCCCAGUAGAUCCGCUGCAGGAACGCUUUGUGUAAGAUUUAUAAGAGAUACCAGGUACUUUGCAUGUGUAGCCUAUUUCCGUGGGUUGUGGAGACUGGACUUGGGAACAGCUCUUCCAGGGAAUGGCCAUUUCCACAUCCAAACCCCCAAACCCUAAAAAGCAUUGGAGCUAACAGGACAGAGGGGUUGUGGAGGGAUAUCUUGCUUUGAGUAGGGAACUCUGGAAGAAGCUGAGCGAGAAGAACCAGGAGACAAAGAGGGCUGUGGUCAACAGGGAAGCUCUUGCUCAUCCCUGGCAAGGCAACAUCUCCUGCGCUGGGCAUCAAAUGCCCUUUUUGCCAGGGGGACACAUCACCUGGAAACGAGCAGCCCAAUUUACUACAUUAGCCAGACAAGGUGUGGGAAUAUUCAGAUGUUGGAGAAAAUCCGGCCCAGAGCAUUGGGGGUUGGAGCUAUGACUGCUGCCAGUAGAAAACAGCCUUCCGCCUCUUUUCUUGUCCUUCAUUUUGGCUUGUAUUUUGUUGCUGGUCCUUGUCUGUGAGAGAGGCAACUCUCUUCCUAUGAGCAGAAGACAUGGAGGCAGCAGAGGAGCAGGAAAAUGGUUGGUCCAAGGAGGGCAAAGGGCCCAGCCUAGAUGAUUCAACCUAUUUAACCCAUUGGUCAGUUGCAGAAACUCAGAGCAGCACCAGCAGAUC